UCCGGUGCGAGCAGCAGGUUGGCUGCUGGAAGAUGGCGGCGCGAGGUUUCCAGACAAUGACGGCGGGCGCGGCGGCCAUGGCGGCGGGACCCGGCUCCGGCUCCGGGCAGGUUCAGGCCUCGGCGAGGAUGGCGCCCGGGCAGCAGCAGAGUAUGUUCCGCUCCGCCAUGCCGGGCCAGGGAUACCCGCGCCAGGGGAUGCCUCCCAGCAGCCGCAUGCCCCCUCAAGCGGCUUCUAUGGGUCCGCCGGGUCCUUCGUACGCCGGGAGUCCGUCAGUGCGACCUGGCAUGCCUCAGUCGAUGAUGGACCAGUCUCGUAAAAGACCAGCACCGCAGCAGAUUCAACAGGUGCAGCAGCAGGCGGCCCAGAACCGCAAUCACAACGCGAAGAAGAAGAAAAUGGCAGAUAAAAUUCUACCUCAGAGGAUUCGGGAGCUUGUGCCAGAGUCCCAAGCCUAUAUGGACUUGCUGGCAUUUGAGAGGAAGUUGGACCAGACUAUAAUGAGGAAACGCCUGGACAUCCAAGAAGCAUUGAAAAGACCAAUAAAGCAAAAGAGAAAGCUUCGUAUAUUUAUCUCAAAUACUUUCAACCCUGCAAAGCCGGACGCAGAAGAUGGUGAAGGAACGGUGGCUUCCUGGGAGCUUCGGGUGGAAGGAAGACUGCUGGAGGAUUCAGCUGUGUCAAAGUAUGAUGCCACCAAACAGAAACGGAAGUUUUCUUCUUUCUUCAAAUCCCUGGUGAUUGAGCUGGAUAAAGAUCUUUAUGGACCUGACAAUCAUCUGGUUGAGUGGCAUCGGACAGCCACAACCCAAGAGACUGAUGGCUUCCAAGUGAAAAGACCAGGAGAUGUGAAUGUGCGUUGCACAGUCUUGCUGAUGCUGGAUUACCAGCCACCCCAGUUUAAACUGGACCCUCGAUUGGCACGCCUGCUGGGCAUCCACACUCAGACUCGGCCUGUUAUCAUCCAGGCUCUCUGGCAGUACAUUAAAACUCACAAGCUGCAGGAUUCCCAUGAACGCGAGUUCAUCAACUGUGACAAAUACCUCCAACAGAUCUUUGAAUGUCAAAGAAUGAAGUUCUCAGAAAUCCCUCAAAGAUUGCAUGCUCUGCUGAUGCCCCCUGAGCCAAUCAUCAUCAACCAUAUUAUCAGUGUGGACCCAAAUGACCAGAAGAAGACUGCUUGUUACGAUAUUGACGUAGAGGUGGAUGACACGCUGAAGACUCAGAUGAAUUCCUUUCUCCUCUCCACUGCAAGCCAGCAGGAGAUUGCUGCUCUGGAUAAUAAGAUUCAUGAAACAAUCGAGACUAUUAACCAGCUGAAGACACAGCGAGAGUUCAUGCUGAGUUUUGCCAGAGAUCCACAGGGCUUUAUCAAUGACUGGCUGCAGUCGCAGUGUCGUGACCUGAAGUCUAUGACUGAUGUGGUAGGAAACCCAGAGGAAGAGCGCAGAGCAGAGUUCUACUUCCAGCCAUGGGCUCAAGAGGCUGUCUGCAGAUACUUCUAUUCUAAGGUGCAGCAACGGAGACAGGAGCUUGAACAAGCCCUCGGCAUCCGCAAUACAUAAAAAAAAUCCGUGGCCUCAUCCCCGCGUGUGUGUGUCGCCAGGUUGACACAAGAUGUCUGAGUUCAAGGUUGAACACAGUUUUAUAUAUGCACAAAGAUUUCUGUUACAGUGUCUAAGCUGUAGUACCUACAUGCAUCACUUGCACAAAAUAAAUCACCACAUAGCCCUUGUACUCCAGAAGUGUUCUUUGCUACCUUUUAUUACAACUGACAUGUCCCCUUUAGAAAAGAGCAUAGGAUUAGGAAGUAAAGUUAGCUUAUUAUAUCUAUAUUUAGGGAAGUAUAAGCCACAAUUGGUUGACCUCAGUAGCUACAUAAAGUUAUAUUUAAACGACCUAGUACUACUACUAAUAGCGAUAUAUUAGCAUUCUAGAUCGGAUAACUGAUUAGCUUUUGUUGUGAUUUUUUUUGUACCUAAGAGGCUUUGUGUUAGAAGUGAGGGAGUAUUUUGAUGAUUAUCAGCUACUUCUCACCCACCCUCAAAGGACCACAAACAAUGGAGUGCUUCUGAAAAUCAGAGUGGUGAUGUUUGCAGCAGUAUUGGUGCCUGCCUGAAGGCAGGACAGUGCCUCUUUUAUUUGCCCCCUUAAUGCCACUUGCCAGCUGCUGGGGCCAUGUUAGGUUGCAGUGUUUACUGCAUUUUUUUUUUAGAAAAAUCCUUUAUAUAUUAAAAAAAAAAACUAGCUUCAGAGUAAAAAAACGAAUUAAUCCCACUGUUUACAGUUGAUUCUGUCAUGUUGCUUUCAGGCUACCCUCUAAUCUGCAUAUGUUCUGUUUUCACUUUCUAUGCUUUGAAAUUUAUCUUGUUAAUUUUGACAAGUAACAAGUUACACGUUUAACUUAGGUUUUUUUUUCCUCUCAAAUUAGUGAAUGACUUUAAAAAUCACUCCAGUGCGGCUUUACAUACUGGGUUGAAUGUAUUGUUCGUAUUUUACUUUGUUGUUUUUGGCUCCUAUCAGAAGUUUUAAGGCCAGAAAUGAAGGGAUAAAUGUGUCUGGCUUUAGACGGCAAAAAGUGUUGUGUACAAUUCUAAUUGAAAAAGUGACCAGCUGAUUCUAGUUGCUUUGUCCGAUGCAUUUCGAAAGGUAUUAUGUAUGUUGCCUUGUUCAUGUAUUGUUUAAUACCUAUUGAAGGUUAGUGUGUACUGUACAUACCCUGGUAUUCUUCCUUGUACUUUGUAUUAGUCUUAAUAGAACUCAGUACAAUUCUACUGAAAGGUGACAGUACGAAUUGUAGCACAAUUUAUUUUGUUUUGGGGACCUUUCAAGGCAUGGUCACUCAAGAUUUGUCCUUGCUGUGUCUUACCUCUGCCUUACAUGUAAGGGGAAACCAGUCCACUAGAAAACUGCAACAGUUGGACUGAAUCUUCAUAGGAGUCAAUAUUUUGUAGUGAUUUAAAAAGGUUAAUUAGUUUCUUAAACUGAAGUAGUGAUAAACUGAUACACGCUCCCUCCCAUUCCCGAGCAUUGCAGCAUCUUGUGUGUGUGUGAGCCCUCUGCAUGUCAGCCAUGUUAUUAUCGCCAAGUUUAAUUCUGAGGCCUUGACACAAGCUCGUUACAACUUGAUUCUGCUUUUCAAUUUGGAAAGAGUCGAUGCCAAUCUCUCAAAUGUACAAAAGUCGAGCCUGCCAUGCCCUUUUUAAAACAAAACAAUGAGUUGGGAGAGUAAGUGGAGCAAAUUCCUGGAGUUUGAACAGCGGCAUGCAUCUACAUUAUCGCAUGUCAGCUGUCAACGGCGUUGCAUCCACUCUAAGGGACUCUCUGACAUGUAGUAGCCAGGUUUUCAGGUGGGAACCAGCUGGCUAAGAAGUUGGACAGUGCCUGUGAUCAGUGAUUCAAAGCAGGCCCAAAAAAGUUUUGUUUAUAAAAAAAAAAUUUUUUUUAAAUGUACGAUUUUUAACCCGAGUGAGAAGAGAACAGCGUUGUGUCCUUGGUGUGGGAGUGACAGCAGGUUCAGCAGGCGCUGUUGACACGCUAAUCCGUUAUGCACAGUGCCGCAGUGGUAGGACUUCCGCCUCACAGCACCAGAGACCCAGGUUCAAUCCGGACUAAUGGUGCUGUCUGUGCGGAGUUUGCACGUUCUCCCCGGGACCUGCGUGGGUUUUCUCCAGCAGCUCCGGUCUCCUCCCCAAAACGUGCAGGGUUGUAGAUUAAUUGGCUUCUGUAAAGAUUGUAAAUUGUCCCUAGUGUGUGUGUGUAGGAUAGUGUUCGUGUGCAGGGAUCAGUGGUCGGCGCGGACUCGAUGGGCCGAAGGGCCUGUUUCCGCGCUGUACCUCUCAACUAAAAUAAACUGAAAAGUCCAGGCAAUCUUUGAAAUUUCCCCCUCUUGAAAUCCAAGGUUCACAUUUUCUCUUCGAAGCGAAUGAAAGAUUUAAAAUGCAACUCCGAAAUAGCGUGGGCGGUGUGCGGUUAUCCCAGGGAAGUCACUGGGAUUACUGCUCCCCUGCCGUGAGAUCAUUAAGCCAUGCAUGAACAACAAAGUCCCACAUUCAUUUGCUGGUUUCUUCACAGCAGGGCUUGGGGUCCUGAGCUCGGCCUCUAGGCCUCCAGGGUGGAGGAAAGAAAGACAGAAUUAGUCCGAGUCACUUGUGGAGCACCGACUCAGUGUUCCACAUCUAGGCUUGCUGCUGAGUCAUUGAUUUGAAAAGGGACCAUGCCAACAUCCACAACAUCAUAACUUGAAGCAUUUGAAAGGGUCGGAGGGGGGCAGAUCGUUCAGACUACCAUAGGAGGGACCAAAAGCUAUGACACUUGGCUUUCUUCUUCAAGAACUGCCUAGCUGGGAAUCACAGCUGUAAAUGAAUCCGUUAUGCUUCCAAAGACAGUGAAAGCUUUUUCCUCGAUGAUGCUGCUAUUCGAUACUUAAGCUGAAAGGAUGUUUGAGGCGGGCGGGAGCCGUGUGUUUGACGGCAUAAGUCUGAUCUGUAUUGCUUCGGUGCUGGUGGGCCUGUGUUAUUCCAGUUAGCUACCUCUUCACAUGUUGACUGUGGUUAGGAUGGGAAUAGUCACCAAUAGAAGCAGUUGAACCUUCGCAGUUACGCUGCAAGAAGCUGUAUUUUUACUGAGUAAUAUUUUGAGGGACCAUUUUUAUACUCUAUGCUUGUAUGUGUCACUCAGUUUUAAUAAAACCUUCAACACAGAA